GUAGUGCGUCAUUCAUUACACUUACAGUAUAGUUGUAGGUGACAGAACUAAACAAAAGCUGCGAUAAAUAGUGGAAAACGUAUUAUAAAUAAUAUCAGGAAUACUAAUUGACUGCAAAAUCGCGAGAAUAUCCAUCACUAAGUCGUAAUACUGUGAAUAGUAUGUGGACGUGAUAUUUGAUACAUUUGGAUCCUACAGUAAAACAAGCAACUGCUGGACUUUUUUCGAUGUUACGGUAGUUGAUAUUUUUUGGAGCGAUGUCUGCAAUAGCCACCGCCUCCGCUGCCACUGUGUCGGUGGACGAAGAUGCCGACGAGUGUGGACCGCAGUUGAUAUCUAAAUUAGAGGGCAAUGGAAUUACAUCAGGAGACAUCAAAAAGCUGGAGGAAGCGGGUUACCACACAGUUGAGUCAGUGGCAUAUGCACCGAAGAAAUGGCUGAUUACCAUCAAGGGCAUCUCGGAGCAAAAGGCGGACAAAAUACUGGCAGAGGCUUCUAAACUUGUGCCUAUGGGCUUUACUACUGCUACUGAGUUUCAUCAAAAGAGGGCAGAAAUUAUACAAUUAACAACAGGAUCCAAAGAGCUGGACAGGCUGCUAGGUGGAGGUAUUGAGACGGGCUCCAUUACGGAAAUAUUUGGAGAGUUCCGCACGGGGAAAACACAGAUAUGCCACACUUUGGCAGUCACUUGUCAGUUACCGAUUGAGCAAUCAGGCGGUGAGGGCAAGUGCAUGUAUAUCGACACGGAAGGCACGUUCCGGCCGGAGCGCCUGCUGGCCGUGGCGCAGCGCUACGGCAUGGAGGGCGGCGCCGUGUUGGACAACGUGGCGUACGCGCGCGCCUACAACACCGACCACCAGACGCAGCUGCUGCUGCAGGCCUGCGCCAUGAUGGCCGAGUCCAGAUAUUCACUUAUCAUAGUAGACAGCGCCACAGCCCUUUACAGGACCGACUAUUCAGGAAGAGGAGAGCUAAAUCCGCGGCAGCAGCACCUGGGCCGCUUCAUGCGGAUGCUGCUCCGGCUGGCCGAUGAGUUCGGCGUAGCAGUGAUAAUAACCAACCAAGUGGUCGCCCAAGUAGACAGCGUUGGUGUUUUCAACGCGGACACCAAGAAACCCAUCGGUGGGCACGUGCUGGCCCACGCCUCCACCACCAGGCUCUACCUGCGGAAGGGCCGCGGCGACAACCGCAUCUGCAAGAUCUACGACAGUCCGUGCCUGCCCGAGACCGAGGCCAUGUUCGGCAUCAGCACUGAAGGCAUCACGGACGCUAAGGAGUAGAUUUAAGGCUUAAGACAAUGGUAAUUAAUAGACAAAAUACACAUACAUACACACAUACAUAUGUAUACACAUACAUAUCGUCGUUUAUUUAGAACCCUCAGGUCGCGGACUGGACGCACGCGGCGAGCGGAGCGGCGCUGUUGUCCAAAACAGUUCAAACAUCAAACAUUUAUUCAGCAAAUAGGCCACAGGGGCACUUCUACAUAUCAUUUUUUUAACAAACAAUUAAAAUAACAAAAUACAAUUACAAAUAUGGAAUCAAUGAAAUAUUAGAGAUGUAUAGAGUCUCUAAAUGUCGAAUCACAUAAAAAACUAUGAUAAAAAAAUACAAACAACAAAUACUAAAAGUCUUUAGAUAUUUAAAAGUCUCUAAGUGUCAGAGAUAAAAUAUAAUUAAAAAAGAAACGAUCAUUGAAUUAUUCUUAGAGAUGUAAAAGGUCUCCAAGACUUCAAUUAAUAUAAAAUAAUAGAUAAUUAAACUAAAGAAAAAAUAAUUAAAAGACAAAAAAAUAAAUCAGACAGUGUCUCACGUUAAUGCCACUCAAAAGUAUAGUUACAUACUUAUAACAUGAAGCCCGUGUAAGCUUAAACAGACCAGUCUCCACAAACAGCACCCGUUCACGAGUAUGACGCGUGUCUCAUUCAAGUCUAUACAUUUUGUUCGUGCCGCUUGAAGCCGUGCGGCGCAAGCGGUGGUUUGCGCGGCACGAACUAAAUGUAUAGACUUGAAUGAAUCUGUUUUGGACGUCGACGCUCCGCUCGCCGCGUAUGUACAGUCCGCGGCCUGAGGGAUCAUGUACCGAUAUAUUACGUCACACCAAUCGGCAAGAUUUUUUGACCCCUCCGCCCUCCUAGCCACUGCUGGUUUCCUUUGGCAAACCCCUCCUGGUGUUACUUCACAUUUUUUGUUUUUAAUCGACAAUUUGAAUAAAACAUAUUUUAGGUAAAAACCAAUGUUAGAAAUCUUAUACCACGUAACCGUUUAAAAAUAAAAAUUAUAUGAAUUAAAACGAUUAUCAUUGCAAAAAAGUAGUUUGUUUAUUCAAAGUUUGUAACUCCCCUCCCCUUCUCACUACAUGUCAUAUUUUUUUUAGCCAUCCUCCCUCUAAACGUGUGACGUAAUUAAUAAUUGACCCCUCAUGGUGCUCUCAGAUUCCCUUGUCCCUGCGGUAUGCCCUUGUACAUUACAAUCCAAAUUGUCUGGGACGUAUCCGGGACAAGGCGUACGAACGGUUGGUUCCAAUUGCGUCGGUACCCCAUAUGUAACAUAAGGUGAGAGUCAGAAUGGCGGGUGUACCUAAAUAAAAUGAAAUUAAAACCAUACCAUAUUUUUGUAUCUAAUUUGUACUAUAUAGUACCCCCUUUAAAAAAAAUUGUACCUUGCGGUACUUAAAGUUAUCACCAAAAAACAGUACACCCGCCAUCCUGACAGUCAGAAUGUAGAAAGUAAAACAUGGAAACCACAAAUAAAAUGACUCAUAUUAUAAAUGAAUAUGAAGGUACAAAAAUUUGGCUUUUAUAGAAUUUAUCAAUAGCCACCGGAACAUAGCGUAAUAAAGUACACCCGCCAUUCUGACUGUCAGGAUGGCGGGUGUACUGUUUUUUGAUGAUAACUUUAUGUACCGUGAGGUACAAUUUUUUAUAACGGAGGUACUAAAUAGUACAAAUUAGGUACAAAAAUAUGGUAUGCUUUUCAUUUAUUUUUAUUUAAGUACACCCGCCAUUCUGACUCUCACAACAUAACACUGCCUGUAGGCCUAAGAUGAUCGGCUCUUUAUCAUUUGUCAACAUGCCUGUCACGUUCUAACAAGUAUGUAAGCGUGAAAGUGACGGGCAUAGUGACAAGCGAUAAAAAUGGAACCAUGCUGCCACUGCUGAAGUGCCUAACGAUAAGUUUAUUGUAUUUUACAUGUAGCGUAGUGCGGUUGACACGUCAUGACGCGAUAAAAUAGAUUAUUCCCACUAGUUACCACCUAAUUUUUACCAGUGGUAACUACUGGGAUUUUUUCCCUUCCUUUUACCAGUGGUAACUACUUGGUGACAACUAGUUGGAAUAACCGAUAAAACACGACAUUUUAUGUGUAUGAAGAGGAAAUAAUACCUAUUUAUAAAAAAAUAAAAAAGAUAACCAUGACAAAUGACACCCGCACGAUGACUCAUGACGAAAUGUAGUAGGUAAGGUAUAUUCGGGUAAUUUCAGAUAUUAAGUAAUUCCGAAAAUCAUUUAUAAAUCACGCAUAUUCCGUUGUAAUAAGUUUCUUUUUGGAAUUACCGCCAGUUUUUUUUAUUUAGUGUUCUUUCCUUUCGGAAUUACCCGAAUACACUAUUGUUUUUUUUUUCAUGGACAAUCUGUAAUUUAAGCUACAAACAAUAUUGAUUUUUUAAUUUUAUUUAGUCAUUUCCUUAAUUUAAUUUUAUUGUAAAUACGUAAUUAAUUGUAAUUCUCAGUGAGACAAAUAAAAAUAUGAAUUAUA